AUGACUAAAGACACUAUAUUUACACUGACCGGGAAAUGCGCUCUAGACAACAUACUGGAUGCCAACAGACAAUGGGCACAAGCUAUGCACCGCUCGCAGCCGCAGUUGUUUCCUACCAACGGACAAGGGCAGGACCCACACACUCUUUUCAUUGGGUGCUCUGACUCACGCUACAACGAGGAUUGUCUGGGCGUCUUGCCAGGUGAGAUUUUCACGUUGAAGACUGUUGCUAACAUAUGCCACACAGACGAUCACUCUUUGCUCGCGACGCUGGAGUUCGCCAUCCUGAACUUGAAAGUAAACAGAAUCAUACUGUGUGGACACACAGACUGUGGUGGUAUCAAGACCUGUCUGCUGGGCAGAGAGAGCAUAAAGGAAAGCUGCCCACAUCUAUAUGAACACUUGGACGACAUAGAGGAUCUGGUAGAAUCACAUGAAUCUGAGCUGAACCAAUUGGAUAACAUAUGCUCGAAAUCAAAACUAAUGUCUCACAGAAACGUUGAAAGACAAUUGCAAAGAUUGCUGCAAAUCCCAGUUGUGCAAGAUGCACUAAGGAACAGCAACCAGGAUCAUGAGUUCAAUAUUUUUGGACUUGUAUAUAACGUGGACUCGGGCCUUGUCGACGUUGUAAGAGAGGUCUAUGGCAAUCAACAGAAAUAA